UAAUAAUUACAUAGUAACUUUUAUAAGAAUAAUGGAAAUUUCUAAGAUCGACUGCAGUGCUAGUGUUCAGGUUAAAACGCUUUGUAAAGGAUUUGCAGAUAAAGCGCUUGAUAUUUUGCAUAACAAACUUCCAGAGAAAGUUAUUCACUUAGACAAACUUUAUCAAAGCAUCGGGAGAGAUAGUAUUCCUGAUGCAGUCGAAACAGAAUUAUUUUCUCUAAAAAGUUUAGAAAAAGUAAACCUUGGAAUUUCAGAGAAUAAUGAAGUUUUUGAAACAACGUUAAAGAAACGUAAACUUGUUGAAGCUGAAGUUACCAAAGUUUCAAGCAAUUUAAAUUUAUUAAACCGCCUGAAAGUGGUUAAGAUGGAAAUACUACAACUUAUUGAGUACUGCAAAAUUUUGAAAACGUGGAUUCAGCUUCUAAUUCCACGAAUAGAAGAUGGAAACAACUUCGGCGUCUCCAUUCAAGAAGACACUAUCAAUGAAAUUUCACGUGUAGAGGGGAGCGGAUUUUCGGCGCUGGAAAGUAUUGCUAACUACCUCGUGACACGAGGAAAGUUGGUUUCAAAGAUACUAAAGUAUCCACAAAUUCAGGACUACCAAUUAAGCAUUUCUGAAUUAGAUGAAAAAGAAUAUAUAGAUAUGUUAUUUUAUUGUGUAGAUUUGCGGGAUAUAUAUACUACUCUACACGAUAUGAUCAUUAAAAAUAUUGAAAAGAUCAAAAAACCGCGAAGCAGCAACAGCAACACUUCAAUGUACUGA